UAUAUGGUCAAUAAAAAUUACACAGAGAAAUAAGAAAUGCAGUCGGGAAAGAAGGCAGUGGAAUCUAUGAAGGAAUCAGCUGCAAAUGUUGCAGCCUCUGCCAAGGCCGGCAUGGACAAGACUAAAGCCACCGUGCAAGAGAAGAUGGAGAAGGUCACAGCCCAUGAUCCGUUAGCAAAAGAAAUAGCAGAGGAGAAAAAACAAGCGAAGAUUCACGAGGCAGAGCUCAACAAACAGGAGGCGCGUGAGCACAACGCUGCCGUGAGACAGGCUGCUACGGCAGCGGCAGGCACACAUGGAACACACCCAACAACCCACCCGACCGCGACAUACUCCACCAGCGGAGCCCAUGGCUACACCACUGGGACCCAGCAGAUGUCGGCAUUGCCUGGGCACGGCACCGGACAACCAACGGGGCCUUUCGUGGAGGGCGUCGUUGGGGCACACCCGAUCGGCACGGAGACUGGCACUGGAAGGACGACGACAGCCCACAACCCUCUUGUUGGUGGGAGGACUGGGUACGGGACUCAGACCGGCACUGGCACCGGGGGUGGGCAUAGUUAAGAUGUGGAUGUUGUUACUCUCUAUAUUAGAAGUGGACUUUGGUGUUUUAAUCUUGAAGUCCAAUUGUGUUGUGUGUGGUUCUAGGGUGGUUCUUCAUAUUUUGUAUGGUUUUAUGUUUUGCACUUUAGCCUUAUGAAAGUGCUUUAUCAAAUGAUGAAUAAAAUUUGUACGUUUUGUUUAUGUUUACC